ACGUGCUCCCGGCGCUGGCGCGAGAGAGCGAGCGCCACCACCGCGGGUCCCGCAUCCCUUCUGCCGGCUGCCACCACUGCCUCCAUCGCUGCCACUAGCGCUCCAGCAGCAGCCAAGGCCGCUACGAAAGCGCAGGAAGCUUGCAAGGAGCUGUUGGCUGGGGGCGCAAGGCUCCGGGAGCGCACCUGGUUUUGAAGACCAUGAUCACAUGGAUGCACCUAACUAAAUGCUACCUGGGGACAUGGUGGUUUUUUAGAGAACACAUCUAAAUUGCUAACUAAUUCCUUGGUGUACCACUCAACAUAGGACAUCAUUUGAUUUUCACUAUCAGAAAUCUCCAAAUUUUCUCCACCAUGUUAUCUUUAUUAGCUUGAACUCCUUCCCUAAAAUGGUCCUUCUGUUGAUCCUGUCAGUCCUGCUUUUGAAAGAAGAUGUCCGUGGGAGCGCACAGUCCAGUGAGAGGAGGGUGGUGGCUCACAUGCCAGGUGACAUCAUUAUUGGAGCUCUUUUUUCUGUCCACCACCAGCCUACUGUGGACAAAGUUCAUGAGAGGAAGUGUGGGGCAGUCCGUGAACAGUAUGGCAUCCAGAGAGUGGAGGCCAUGCUACAUACCUUGGAAAGAAUCAAUUCAGACCCCACACUCUUGCCCAACAUCACUCUUGGCUGUGAAAUAAGGGAUUCCUGCUGGCAUUCAGCUGUGGCCCUAGAGCAGAGCAUUGAGUUUAUAAGAGAUUCCCUCAUUUCUUCAGAAGAGGAGGAGGGCUUGGUACGCUGUGUGGAUGGCUCUUCCUCUUCUUUCCGCUCCAAGAAGCCUAUAGUAGGGGUCAUUGGGCCUGGCUCCAGUUCUGUGGCCAUUCAAGUCCAGAACUUGCUCCAGCUUUUCAACAUACCUCAGAUUGCUUACUCAGCAACAAGCAUGGAUCUGAGUGAUAAGACUUUGUUCAAGUACUUCAUGAGGGUUGUGCCUUCUGAUGCCCAGCAGGCACGAGCCAUGGUGGACAUAGUGAAGAGAUACAACUGGACAUAUGUGUCAGCGGUACACACAGAAGGCAACUAUGGUGAAAGUGGAAUGGAGGCUUUCAAAGAUAUGUCAGCCAAGGAAGGGAUUUGCAUUGCCCACUCUUACAAAAUCUACAGCAACGCAGGGGAGCAGAGCUUCGACAAGUUGCUGAAAAAGCUCAGAAGUCACUUGCCCAAGGCACGGGUGGUGGCCUGCUUCUGUGAGGGCAUGACAGUGAGAGGUCUACUGAUGGCUAUGAGACGCCUGGGUCUUGCAGGAGAAUUUCUGCUUCUGGGCAGUGAUGGCUGGGCUGAUAGGUACGAUGUGACAGAUGGAUAUCAGCGAGAAGCUGUUGGUGGAAUCACAAUCAAGCUCCAAUCUCCUGAUGUCAAGUGGUUUGAUGAUUACUAUCUGAAGCUCCGGCCAGAAACAAACCUCCGAAACCCUUGGUUUCAAGAAUUUUGGCAGCAUCGUUUUCAGUGCCGACUGGAAGGAUUUGCACAGGAGAACAGCAAAUACAACAAGACUUGCAAUAGUUCUCUGACCCUGAGAACACAUCAUGUUCAAGAUUCCAAAAUGGGAUUUGUGAUCAAUGCCAUCUAUUCCAUGGCCUAUGGACUACACAACAUGCAGAUGUCCCUCUGCCCAGGCUACGCAGGACUCUGUGAUGCAAUGAAGCCAAUUGACGGGCGAAAACUUUUGGACUCCCUGAUGAAAACCAAUUUUACUGGGGUUUCUGGAGAUAUGAUCCUAUUUGAUGAAAAUGGAGACUCUCCAGGAAGGUAUGAAAUAAUGAAUUUCAAGGAAAUGGGAAAAGAUUACUUUGAUUAUAUCAAUGUUGGAAGUUGGGACAAUGGAGAACUAAAAAUGGAUGAUGAUGAAGUAUGGACCAAGAAAAAUAACAUCAUCAGAUCUGUGUGCAGUGAGCCAUGUGAGAAAGGCCAGAUAAAGGUGAUCCGGAAGGGAGAAGUCAGCUGUUGUUGGACCUGCACGCCUUGUAAGGAGAAUGAGUACGUCUUUGAUGAGUACACCUGCAAAGCAUGCCAGCUGGGUUCCUGGCCCACUGAUGACCUGACAGGUUGUGAUUUGAUCCCAGUACAGUAUCUUCGCUGGGGUGACCCUGAGCCCAUUGCAGCUGUGGUGUUUGCCUGCCUCGGCCUGCUGGCCACCCUGUUUGUUACUGUAGUCUUCAUCAUUUAUCGUGAUACUCCAGUAGUCAAGUCCUCCAGCAGGGAACUCUGCUACAUUAUUCUUGCUGGUAUCUGCCUGGGCUAUUUAUGUACCUUCUGCCUCAUUGCGAAGCCCAAACAGAUUUAUUGCUAUCUUCAGAGAAUUGGCAUUGGUCUGUCUCCAGCCAUGAGCUACUCAGCCCUAGUAACCAAGACCAACCGCAUCGCGAGGAUCCUGGCUGGCAGCAAGAAGAAGAUCUGUACCAAAAAGCCCAGAUUCAUGAGUGCCUGUGCCCAGUUGGUGAUUGCUUUCAUUCUCAUAUGUAUCCAGUUGGGCAUUAUUGUGGCCCUUUUUAUAAUGGAGCCUCCGGAUAUAAUGCAUGACUAUCCAAGCAUUCGAGAAGUCUACCUGAUUUGUAACACCACCAACCUGGGAGUUGUCACUCCUCUUGGAUACAAUGGAUUGUUGAUUCUGAGCUGUACCUUCUAUGCAUUCAAGACCAGGAAUGUUCCAGCUAACUUCAACGAGGCCAAGUAUAUCGCCUUCACAAUGUACACCACCUGCAUUAUAUGGCUGGCCUUUGUGCCAAUCUACUUUGGCAGCAACUACAAAAUCAUCACCAUGUGUUUCUCAGUUAGCCUCAGUGCCACAGUGGCCCUAGGCUGCAUGUUUGUGCCGAAGGUGUAUAUCAUUCUGGCCAAACCGGAGAGAAACGUGCGCAGCGCCUUCACCACGUCUACCGUGGUGCGCAUGCAUGUAGGGGAUGGCAAGUCGUCCUCCGCAGCCAGCAGAUCCAGCAGCCUAGUCAACCUGUGGAAGAGGAGGGGCUCUUCUGGGGAAACCCUAAGGUACAAAGACAGGAGACUGGCCCAGCACAAGUCGGAAAUAGAGUGUUUCACCCCCAAAGGGAGUAUGGGGAAUGGUGGGAGAGCAACAAUGAGCAGCUCUAAUGGAAAAUCUGUCACGUGGGCCCAGAACGAGAAGAGUAGGGGACAGCACCUAUGGCAGCGGCUGUCGGUCCACAUCAACAAGAAAGAGAACCCCAACCAAACGGCCGUCAUCAAGCCCUUCCCCAAGAGCACGGAGAGCCGCGGGCUGGGCACCGGCGCGGGCAGCGCGGGCCCAGGGGCGUCUGGGGGCGUGGGAGGCGCGAGCUGUGCUAGCGCUAGCCCAGCAGGGGCUGAGCCCCCAGACGCGGGUGCCAAGGCGCUGUACGACGUGGCGGAGGCGGAAGAGCAGUUUCCUGCGCCCGCGCGGCCGCGCUCGCCGUCGCCCAUCAGCACGCUGAGCCACCGCGCGGGCUCGGCCAGCCGCACGGAAGACGACGUGCCCUCGCUGCAUUCGGAGCCCGCAGCCCGCAGCAGCUCCUCGCAGGGCUCGCUCAUGGAGCAGAUCAGCAGCGUGGUGACUCGCUUCACCGCCAAUAUCAGUGAGCUCAAUUCCAUGAUGCUGUCCACAGCUGCUCCUGGCCCCGGAGUGGGCGCUCCUCUCUGCUCGUCCUACCUGAUCCCCAAAGAGAUCCAACUGCCCACGACCAUGACCACGUUCGCCGAAAUCCAGCCUCUGCCAGCUAUAGAGGUCACUGGUGGCACACAGGCCGCAGCCGGAGCCUCACAGGCAGGGGGCGCUACUCCGGAGACCCCAGCGGCCGGUCCCGAGGCGGCGGCCGGCAAGCCAGACCUGGAGGAGCUGGUGGCUCUCACCCCGCCGUCCCCUUUCAGAGACUCAGUGGACUCGGGGAGUACGACCCCCAACUCGCCAGUGUCCGAAUCGGCCCUCUGUAUACCAUCGUCUCCCAAAUAUGACACUCUUAUCAUAAGAGAUUACACUCAGAGUUCCUCGUCGUUGUGAACGUCACUGGAAACCAUGCUGGGAUCCGCAUGCAGAGCAGAGAUCUCCGUGUUCACACGGAGGGACGCAUUGACACGCGUUCUCAUCCGGUUAGGACCUGAGGUAGAAGAUGCCAGUUUCAGCCUUGAUGGAAACACGAGAUUAUAGUGCUAUUUCACAACAACAACC